CGGCAUUGUAAUGUCAAAAUAUUUUUGACCAAUGAAAAAGCUGUAAAUUCGCUCCCUGUUUAAAGUAUGGAAAUUUGGUAAAUAACAUGGAUCAAGCAUGGAAGAUUUGCACAUAAAGGAAAAUUUGCCAUUACAAAAUGAUAGUGAUGCUGUGAAAGUACUCUCACUGCCUGCUUCUAUAAUAAGAGAGCCCCUUAAAGUCUUCAACAUGAGUACAUCCACUCCUAGAAAGCCCCUCACUGAUAUUAAACAGGUGGCUAGACCCAAAGACAGUGUGAAUAUAAAGACCAGUACACCAUUGGGGACCCCUCGACCAACAAACUUACACAGCAGGAAAUUGAAGCCAUCAUCAUUGUUAAAGAAAGCUGAUAAAGAAAAUGUGAUGACUGACAGAACAAGAAUGGGAAAGAGUGCAGAUUCUUGUUCAUCGUCUCACAGAAUGGAUGAAAUAUUUGAAGAAAAUGUGGAAGAGUUUGUUACCAAGGUUCUUGAUCAGUGUGUCCAGGAUCUGAAUGAUGAGAAAACAGACAUUUCAAGUAAUGAAAAGCUUGGUGUUGAAGAAUUGAAGCCAACUCUAACUGACAUCUGUAUGUUGACUGAAACCCAGAGUGAUGACCUCCGUUCACAACCUGAAAUUGAAGUUGAAAUUGAGAGUGAACAGUUAGAAUGUAUGUCUGACGAGGCGGCUAGGACAGAUGGCAGACAAGAGUUGGUGUCACAGUUUGGAGAUUUGUCAGUAAAUGAGGACAGUUUACUGGGUAACUCUAAUUACAGUGAUUGCAGCUUCACUGAAUCAACAAAAUCAGAAGAGGAACUUCUUGCUAGUUAUGUGCAGACUCCAAAUUUAAAUAUUUGUUCAGAGACGGAUAGUAAUAUUAAUGGGAAAGAAAUUAAUUGUUUUGAACCUCUGGAAGCCAGGAGUCUAGGACUAAAAUUUCAGACACCUAAGCCAAGAUUUCUCGAGAAAUUGGCACUCAGACAACGGGUCAACGAUGCUACGUCAAGUUUAGCCACAUGGGUUUUUCCAAAGGAAGUGACGGAGCACCACGUCCAGAUAGUCUCUGGAAAUAAUAAGGUUAAACUUAUGCAUGAUGUGGCUUGUUCACCAAUGCCGCAAAGUAGAAAAAAAUUAUCUUCGAAUGAUAACUUUAAUGAUAAUCAGAAUAAAAAAACCAGGGAUAUUGAUGGUUACGAUUACGAUAAGCAAAAGGACAUCAGUAGCAUAAAUGAUCACAAGCAUGAAACAAAGAAAGAUACUUUGAAUUGCAGUUUUGACUGUGAAAAUGCUACUAGUUGUGAAGUGACUCAAACUAAUAAGGACACAAAUGUAGACAUUGAGUUAGGUACAGCUGAGUGUAUUAAUAAAUCUUUGCAGUCUAAUUAUUCAACACCACACGGAAAAGUGAUGUGUAGAGACUUUGCUUCAGACACAAACAUUGAUAUAUUUCCCCCUGUAGCUAUGAACUCAGUGGCUUGUUCUCCAAUCAGUGUGCCAGUCUGUGACUUCUCUGUUCAAAAUGAGGUUGAAACACAGUCUGUUUUAUGUUCACCAAUCAGAUUUGAGAAUUGUGAUGUAUCGAUUCAGCAUGAAGGGUUGACAGCAGAAGAUGUACGUAAACAACACCCGAGGGUUCUUGCCAAUGAGCUUGAGACCUUACGUCUGGAAAACUCCAGGCUAGAAAACCAGGUCAAGGCUUAUGAAAAAGACAGGAAAAAACUGGUAGUUCAAAAGGAUUUACAAGUCAAGUUUGAAGAAAAUAAAGCAGCUCUUUGGGAGAUGGAAACCAAAUACAGUCAAGAUGUUGAUGAAUGGCAGACCAGACAGCAAGCACUCGAGUCAGAAAUCUCUGUCCUAAAACUGGAACUAGAAGAUAAAAUAUCUGUCCUAAAACUGGAACAUGAAAAUGAAAUGUCUGUCCUAAAACUGGAACACAAAAAUAAGGUAAUGAUUUAG